AUGGAUUAUCAUGGGGAUGGUGAGAAGGGUACGAAUGUUGAAUGUGAUAGACUUAGUGGCUUACCAGAUGAUCUUAUUUAUAGAAUCCUCUUUCUUGUGGGCAUGAAACAUGCCGUUCAAAUGAGUUUGUUGUCAUCUAGAUGGAGGCUUUUUUGGACUUCAAUGCCUUAUCUCAAUUUCUCAAGUAAAGAGUUCUCCGAGGGGUACAAGUUCUCCAACUUUGUUACCAAUGUUCUGUCUCGCCGCAAUAAUCAAUUGAAAACAUCUUCUGUCAAUCUUACUUUUGAAGGAACGGAGUUAAGCCUAAUCAACUGUGAUGGAGAGCUAUUGAUUUUUGCACCUAAUCAACUUACCCCUCCGAAAAAUAAAUCAAACCAUGCUUUGCAGUUGGUUUUUACAGACGGCAUGUCGCCUUCAUUUAAGAAGGCGGAUCUCUAUAUUCGUAAUCCACGCGGGCAAAUUGAUCAUAAGAUUUUUGGUCAGCUUCAAAAACUCCACAAUGUCCAACAAAUGACUAUUACAUGCCUCAAUGGAUCAUAUAGGUGGGAUUCUGUCUUCAGUAGUCGUUGGAAGUCUCUAAAACAUCUCACUUUGGUUGGAAAUAUGAAAUCUGAUUACGUAAUUCUCCCAUCAGUUUGGGACCUGCCCGUUUUAACAACACUGGAUCUCCAAACUGUAAGAUUAGCAGGCGAAUCCACUACCUCUGGCGGUUUCUUCUCCAAGUGCGCAAACUUGAAAAGUCUCACCAUAAGUAACUUUGACAUGGCUGAUGAAACAAAUAACGUAACCAUCUGUCACUCUCAACUUUCUAACAUCACACUUGAAGAUGGAACCUGGCGAUCAGAAUAUCUUUGUGUAGUUACACCUCAACUCAAGAAUCUCACUGUGAUAAACUGUGAUGGAGAACUAUUGAUUUCUGCACCUGAUCAACUUGCCACCCUGAUAUAUAAAUCAAACUAUACUUUGCAGUUGGUUUUUACAGACGGUGAGUUGCCUUCAUUAGAGAAGGUGGAUCUCUAUAUUCGUAAUCCACACAUUCGAAUUGCUCAAAGGAUUUUUGGUCUGCUUCAAGAAUUCUACAAUGUCAGAAAUCUCACGCUUAACCUGGAAAUUAUGGAGGUAUUUAAUUGGUCCCCGUUGUUUGCUUUUCCACAUUUUUUCGUUUAUAUAUACUCCAUAUCAUGA